AGAGCUGCUACAUGUGAGAGCGAUCAGCACUCGUCUUGAGGAAAGUGUUGAAGUUUUUAAGCCAAACUGGAGCUUGUCUCUACUGGUUCUGUUCAGUGAUCACCGUGCAGAGGGAUGGAGAAAAGAGAGGAAGAGGAGGAGGAGGAGAGGACGACUACAGCUCAGGGAGAGGACGAGGAGGAUGAGGACGAGGACGGGGGAGCAGCUACAGACAGAGGUGAUGAUGAAGAUGCUGCUGGGAUGAAGAAGAAGACCAAACAGAAAAGUGUUGGAGAGACUUCCUGUUCAGACAGGAAAUGUGUUCCAGGUAUCAUCUACCUGGGUCACAUUCCUCCUAGGCUCCGCCCCAAACACAUGAGGAACCUGCUGUCAGUGUUUGGAGAGAUUGGACGAAUAUUUCUACAACCUGAAGACCGACAGGUGAGGAUGAGGAAGAGGAAGUCUGGUUUGAGGAGGUGUGAUUUCACUGAAGGAUGGGUGGAGUUCAGAGAUAAACGAGUGGCAAAGAGUGUGGCUGCAUCUCUCCACAACACACCGAUGGGAACCAGGAAACGCCAACGCUUUUCCUCUGACCUGUGGUGCAUCAAGUACCUGCACAGGUUCCAGUGGACUCACCUGAGCGAGCGGCUGGCCUAUGAGCAGACAGUUCUGCAGCAGAGACUCAGAACUGAAGUUUCUCAGGCAAAGAGGGAAACAAACUUUUACCUGAACAAUGUGGAGAAGAGCGCCCACAUGGACAACAUGAGGAGGAAGAAACAGAAAGACGGACAACAGGUGGACGAGAAGACCUGGGACUUCACUCAGCGUCAGACGGAGGAGGAGAUCCAGAUGAAGAAGAAGAAGAAGAAAGACUCGGUUACCGCAAAACACCUGAAGAAGGCCCGCCUCAUACAGCAGAAGAGCCAAUCAAAUGUCUCCCUGCUGACCAAAAUUUUCAACUCAAACCAAUCAGAGUGACAGCAGAGAGACAGCUGAUUGGCUGUUGGACAGGACUGUUUCAAUAGAAACAAAAGGCAGAUUGUGAUGAACUUGUGCUGACACACUCAUCUUCACCAGCCAAUCACAGGCCUUCUGAGCUGGGGGGGUGGAGCCAAUGAGCAUAUUUUCUUCAACUUAUCAUGAGUUUUUUAUCCAAUUUCUGUUCUUUACGACUUGAUGAGCUCGUUGGAACUGGUGUGUUUGUUGUAAUAAAAUUCAGUGAGCUGUUUAUUGACCUUUGACUUUCCCUCCUCACUGGUUAGAAUCUGUUAUCACUUAUUGAUCAUCAAUGUGAUGCCCUCAUCACUCACCUGUACCUGCUUUUUAUUUAAGUCAUGUGUUAGACCUCUCACUUGAGACACAGACAUGAAACUUAGUUCAAAGCAUCAUGGGUGUGUCCCCAAUCAGUAUGCCAAUUUUCAAAACCUUUUACCAUGCAGUUUUAGAUCCUAGAGAAAUUCCCUGGUGGGAAGCGACUGUUAAAGAGUACAGAGAUAUCUCUGACAAAUCAAUCAGACAUAACGGUGCAUUGAGAAAGUGUUCAGUCACUUUUUUUUUUUUUUUUUUUUACAUUUUGUUAUUUUGCAGUCUUGGAAAACAU